CUUAAUAAAUAACACGCAGAAGGGUAUGUUUUCAAAACAAACAUGGCCAACACGUGCUUCAGAAGAAAGAUUUCAAGGUUGUCUCCUUCUAUUUCCUAUUUUUCUAAGUUAUUUUUACGUCCUAUAUCAUUUACCGACUUGGAGAUUGACCUCAAGGUUACAAGAGCUUUGAGGAAAAAUGGAAUUCGUCAACCAACUGAUAUACAAAUACAGGCGUACAAAAGUUUGAUGUCUGGUGAGUCUGCAGUUCUGAAUUCAUCAACAGGAAGUGGCAAAACCUUAGCUUAUGCUCUGCCUAUUGUACAGGGGAUCAUCAAUUUAAAGAAGAAUAAGGAGAAAUUACCAAGACCUUAUGCACUGAUUAUUGUUCCUAAUAUUGAAUUAUCAUAUCAGGUUUGCAAUACGUUUCGCAGUUUAUUGUCUGUAAAUGUAUGCGUAGCCAGUGAACAAUUGCCGCUGAAGUUAAAAGAAGCCGACGUAGUUGUCACGACAGCGACGUACGUCAGCACGUAUCCAUUAGACGUCUUAAACGAAACUCGCACGGUGGUCAUUGACGAAGCCGACAUGCUUAUCGCGAAAAAAGUCGGCAAACAUGGCAACAGAGAUCCGUUAUUUGUCUUGAUAUUCCAUCUUCUCAAGGAAGAAAACUUUUACUUAAUACCUGGGUUAACGAGCAGAAAAAGACAGUUCGUUUUCGUUGGCGCCACAAUGCCCGAUAGUUUGAAUAAAAAAAGCAAAAAGGCGUUGCCUUAUAUCAGAAAGUGGGUGCCGGAUCUCAAAUUAUUACAGGGAGAAAACACUCACAAAUUUGUCUCGUCGCUUGAUAUGGAAUUUGUACACGUUUUAGAAGGCAACAAAAUAAAACAUCUUCUCGACAGCAUCCAGACUUUUUACAACACAAACUCCUUACAAACAUUUCGCGUUCUGAUUUUUGUAAACAAAGUGCACACUGUUUCCUCGCUACACCAAACUUUAUCUUCAGCAACUGUCAAGGAUAUCGAGACAGAGCCUGAUAACAAUCAGUUUCCAGAUGUUUUGAUGGCGUUUCAACGUGAAUGGAAGGACUGCAUAUUUGCACUUCAUAAAAAUAUUUCUGUGGAGGAAAGGUUAUCGACUCUCCAUUACUUUUCAGCGCUGCCAAAAGCCUUGCUUGUUACUACUGAUGUGUCGGCUCGAGGUCUCGAUUUUCCAGAUGUGGAUCUUGUCAUACAGUACGAUUUCUCCACCAAUAUCGUAGAUGUGUUGCAUCGUGCUGGACGAACUGCUAGAAUGGGCAAGCGAGGAAAAGUGAUCAACUUUAUCACAGAAAGAGAUGAAACACUCGCAUUAGCAUUGCGUCAGGCAAUCGAGGAAAAACGUCCUUUGGAUUAUUUAUUCAGCCGGAACCGAAAUUUUGGUCGGAAAGUAAAAGAAAUAAAACAGAGUGAAGAAGCGGCCGAUAUCGCAUCAACGUAACAAGAGAUUUAUAAAUCUCAAACUUUUAUGUCCAGGUCCCAAAGAAGAAAUGCAUCGACUGAAAUGAGGAUAUACCAAUGCGAAGUAAAAGCAAUUAUUUGAAAACAGCUAGCUUUUGUCAAUCAGUACAGUUUAUUCUGGCAGUGCGAAUACGUUACCUGUCUGAGGAAUAAGCUGUUUACAACACUAUAAAUCAAAGUGAUAGGAAAAGUGCUACGACGGAGUCUAAAACAAGAAAUAUAUUUGCUCUUCUCCA